UGAUUGUCAAUGUAAACAAUUUGAUAAAUGGUGUUGUUUCAUUUAAUGUCAUGAUAUUUAGCGUUUCCUUAUUUACAAAACCAAUCUUUUCAUCAUGGUGAAACAAACCAUUCAAAUAUUCUCUAGAAUCAAACCAACAAAAUCAAAAGCUGGGUUAUAUCACAUCGAUGAAGAUGAUGAAGGAUUACCCAGACUCACUUUUAACAUUCCCAGAGACCUUGCUGAGGGAUUUAUCAACAACAAAAAAGAAAAUUAUAAAUUUAGGUUUCAAAAAGUGUUUGAUCAAAACUCAAAGCAAGAUGAAAUUUUUGACAAUGUUGCAAAGCCAGUUAUAGAUAAUGUGUUGCAAGGAUACAAUGGAACAAUCUUUGCUUAUGGACAGACCGGGAGUGGGAAGACAUUCACCAUCACUGGUGGAGCAGAGAAGUACAACGACAGAGGAAUCAUUCCCAGGAUGCUCUCCUAUAUAUUCGAAUAUUUUGAGCAGAACUCAGAUCGGGCCUUUACGGCUCAUAUCUCGUACCUUGAGAUCUACAAUGAGAGUGGCUAUGAUCUGCUGGAUCCAAAACAUGAAGCUGCAAAAUUAGAAGACUUGCCAAAGGUGAGCCUACUGGAGGAUUCAGACCAGAACAUCCACCUGAAAAACUUGUCUGUGCACCAGGCCAGCAAUGAGGAGGAGGCACUAAAUCUGCUGUUCCUUGGGGAUACAAAUAGAAUGAUAGCUGAGACCCCUAUGAACCAGGCGUCCACCCGCUCCCACUGUAUAUUUACUAUUCAUCUGACCUCGAGGGAACAUGGCUCUGCCACCCUACGUAGAGCCAAACUUCACCUGGUGGAUUUGGCUGGUUCAGAGAGGGUGUCAAAGACUGGAGUUAAUGGCGUGCUGCUAGCGGAGGCGAAAUACAUCAACUUGUCUCUACACUUCCUGGAACAGGUGAUUAUCUCGCUGUCAGACAAGAGUCGUUCACACAUCCCAUACCGUAACUCAAUGAUGACCUCAGUGCUACGAGACAGUCUCGGGGGAAACUGUAUGACCACCAUGAUCGCCACAUGCUCCAUAGACAAGAGGAACAUGGAUGAGUCAAUAUCCACAUGCCGUUUUGCGCAGCGUGUGGCCAUGAUCAAGAAUGAUGUGAUGGUAAAUGAGGAGAUGGACCCCAAACUUCUUGUGCAGAAACUCAAGCGCGAGAUCCAGCAACUCCGGGAGGAACUUGCCAUGGCAACUGGGGAACAGCGUACAGAUGAGUUGUCCCCAGAGGACCUUGAUAGGUGUGAGGAUGCUGUGAAGGCAUACCUGGCUGAUGCUGAUCCAGAGGCCAUGAUAAAUGUUGGCACUGACAUGAGGAAAAUACACACAUGCUUCAGAAUACUUAAGAAGCGAGUGUUGGAGCGCCCCAGUCCUUCCCCACACAAGCCUCCUACGCCAGCCCCGAUGGAAGCCCCUGAGCCUCCUGUAGACAUAGGUCCAUACAGUGAUACAGAAAACAACAGGCUUAAACAGCUUGUGGUCCAACGGGACAAUGAAAUCAAUAUUUUGGUAAACAUGUUGAAGAAGGAGAAGAAGCGCGUAAAGGAUGCCUCCCUGCAGCUCGAGAAGCUCGGGCAACGGCCUCCUUCCAGCGCACGUGGUGAGGGGUACAGUGAAAGUUUUUCCACAUCAACAAGUGAAAGUCGAGUGAAUGGUCACGUAUCAGCCGGGUCACGGGCAAACACUGGCAACUCAGAUGACUGGAGACGACCACCUGUAGGUGCACCUAUCAAUCAAGAAAAACAGAGACAGCGAAGGGAAAAUGAUGCAAAAGUCAAGAAAAAAAUAUUAGGAGACAUGUCAGUGGGUCGUCAGGAAGCAUUUGAGUUAUUCCGGCGGGAUUACCAUGAGAAUCAGAAGAUAGAACACAACAAGCAGGUGCUCAAACAGUGUUAUGCCGAGGCGAAGUCACUCGGAGAGAAAGUCAACACUCUCAGACAUUCUAUCAAUCAUUUGAAAAGUCAAAUAGAACAUCACAGGAUGACAAUUGCAAUGCAAGGUCUGAGUGAGUCCCAAAGCCUGGAACCAGAUGAGGAGGAGGUGAGGCUGAGGGGCCGGAUGGAGGAGGAGAAGGCCAGUUACAAGGAGACAUUUAACCGUCUGAAGACAUUGAAGACAGAGAUAGAACACCUACAGCACUUGCUGGAGAAGGCCAAGGUGAAACUGAUGAAGGACUUUGAGCUCUGGUGGGCAGAUCAGGUCUCUCUCUCACAGCAGCAAGAGAACCAGGGCAGUGUGGGAAGUGGUAACACAGGUACAGUGCGGAACGCAUGGGCGACACCACCAGCCAACAUAUCCAGAGGUCGGACCCCCUCCCCUGCCCCUUCAGACACCUCCCAGGGGGGCUUGCCCCAGGGUGGGAGACUUGGGCGUGUCAGAGGAGGGGUUGCAGGCAGUAUAGCUACGCAGCUGCGGGCUUCCAAUAGUGCUGAUGGGCGGAUAAAUGAGGAGAGCCCGCCAAGAAAACAGUUACUUGGCAGCAGCAGUAGCACAAGGUCCAGUCCAUCAGGUCUCCGACUGACAGGGGAUCCUCAGGCAGAUGCUGACAUCAUGGCCUUUGUCAAGGCCAGACAGAACAUACUACAGCAAACCCAGAAGCGAUGACAGCCUUAUCAUGGAAGGAAUGUGAACUCAGAUAAGAGAAAAUGCCUGCCGAGGCUUAAUGAACAGUGGUGCAACAUGAUGGAUUAUAUGUGUUCCAAACAUAUCAAACUAUACUGUGUUGAUGCACUCCAUUGGUGCAUUAACUUCCAUAGCAGAAAACAAUAAUGUGGAGGCGCAACAUUUAUUCAUUAACUUCCAUAGUAGAGAUCAAUGUCUUACCGUUUGAUUAUGUACCAUGUUAGAAGUGCUUUGUAUACUGGACAAAAGAACAAAGUCUAACAUAACAUGACAGUAUCCUUUAGAAAUUUCAGUUUUGUCAGUAUAAUGUCUAUAGCAUGAAUUGAUAAGCAAUGUUGUUGGUACCAUUUGUUAACUGUGGUAGUAUUGCUUGAGCCAGGUAUUAUUGCUUUUUAAUUGCUCAGUCAUUUUAUAUGUAUAGACCUUAUAAAGGUGUUUUCAUAUUUAUUCAAAAUAUUCUUCUUUUAGAAUAAAAUAAUGUGACAUUGAAUGAUUAUGACAAAGAAUCCUAUUGCAGCAGUCACGUUAUCGAUGAAAACAAGAUUUAUCCAGUGAUCAGAUAUUAUGUGAUGUACAAACAGCUGAUCACGAUAAGUCAAAGUAAAUUAGUGACCCUUUUUGAGUGUAUUUCAACAUAACAAAGAUUGGAUGCUUAUGAGGCACAAUACUUAUCAAACAUUGGAAAUCACAAGACUCAUAUUAGCUGACACUGUCACACAUGUGUUGAAAUGUCCGUCCUUUAACGUUUAUAAGAAUGUGAUCCAGUAAAUCAGCAACUGCAGAGCUUUCCCUUCACUCCCAAGUUCUUGAAGCCUUCUUAUAUUUCCAGUAUAAUGAAGGGUUGUGGUCAUUGAGUAAUGUCAGCCUGUGCAUGUAAACUAGCCUGAUGUUCUUGUCCUCACUUAGGUAAAUCAUUGUGUUAUAAAAAAAUCUUAGGCUGAAGAAUGAACUUAGGAUGAAAAUUUGUUACAAUAUUUCUUUCUGCACUCAUAAUAUGGCUUAUACAUAUAUCUGCUGAUGUGUGUGCAUAUAAGCAUUUGGCUCGUCUUUUUAGCUUGACUAAUUGUAGUUGAAGGAGGCUUUAUUACCCCCCCCCCCCCCAAGGCAAGUUGGCAUUUUCACUUAUAACUUCAUUACCCUUUAUUCAGUUCACUUUAAAAAAAAUAAUAACAGUUUUUCAGGACCAUCACACAAUAAGGUUACAUUUUUCCAUAUAAACCCUUUUAUACAAAUUAUGGCCUUGAUUGACUUCUGAAAAAACACACACUUCUUUUCUAUUGCUUUUGACAGGCAAAUUUCUCAUAUUUUUCACCAAAGUGAAAUCUGGUUAUUAGAAUGGUGUACGCUGUUGUUAGGGCGGGCCCGUAUGAACGUCAAACUCACCUAUUGUAUAAAACAAUUUUAGUUAGGUUUGACAAAUGGUGACCAGACUUGGUAUACAAAUGUAUAAGAAGAGUUUAUGAACACCUUUCAUGGGAUUGUGUAAUUGGCCCUUAGGGUCAAGGUCACUGUUACUGAAAACAGAAAAGUGGUUGGUAAUGAAUAACUUUAGUAAGGGUUGACAUAAUUUCAUUCAAACUUUGUAUAUAGGAAGAGUUUAUAUGGACCUUUCAGUGGAAUGUGUUUAGAGCUCCGUGUUCACGUUCAAAGUCACUGUUGCUAAAAUAGAAAAAUGGUAAGUAAAUUAAUAACUUUAGUUUUGGUUGACAUAUUGAGAGCAAACUUGGUAUAUAGGAAGAGUUUAUAAAGACCUUUUAUUGGUUUGUAUAAGGGGCUCCUAGGGUCAAGGUCACUGCAACGAAAAAUAGAAAAAUGGUUGUUACUGAAUAACUGUAGUUAGGGGUGAUAUAUUGCAACAAACUUGGUAUAUAGGAAGAGUGUACGUAGAACUUUCAUGGGAUUCAAUUUGGGACCCUCGGGUCAUGGUCAAGGACACUGUUACUAAAAAAAGGUAACCAUUUGGUACUGAAUAACUUUAGUUAGGGUUGACAUAUUGUGAACAAACUUGGUAUGUAAGAAGUGUUUAUGGAGGACUUCCAUGGGGUUGCAUUUUGGGCCCCUAGGCUCAAGGUAUGGUCACUGUUAAUUGAAGUAGAAAAAAAAAACAGUUAAAACUGAAUCAGUCUCACAACGAAGGCUUAACUUCUUCUGCCAAUCACCUGGUUUCGUGGUAUUGCGGCGUUUCUUACUUUUUAAUUUAUCAUUUGUUUUUGACAGACACAUAUUAAAUCAUUAUUGUAUUCAUUUCUAAGACAAAGCAAGAUAUAGUCGAGCGCACUGUUCUAUGACAGCACUUGUUUUCAAUUGGAAAAAGCUUCAGAAUUGGCAUAUUCAUAGUAUUUGUGUUUUUGGCAGCGGCCUGGUAGUCAUUGGUGUCAUGGAAAAAAACGUUAUGUUGCCUAUAACUUGGAAACUGAUAUUUACAUUAUGCUUAACAUAUCUUGAUAUACAGGCAACUUAUAAAUAUGCCAGGUUUAAAUUGUUUUAUAUUUUUAUGCAUAAUGCAUAAUUUACAUUGAUAAAUGAUUUACUGACUGUAGCUCUGUAGUCCCAUUACUCUGGCUUACACAUUUGUCAAAGGUAUGAUUUUUGUUGAACUGACCAGUGGUGACAUCAGCUGGAGGGACUCUUGUUUUUGCAAGUCUAGUAAAUACUCAUAUACAAUUAUAAACAUGCAAUGCCUGAAUGUAAGAUUGAUCAUGAGAAAGAACUCCUUCUGCCUAGAUCAUAUCACACUUUUUCAAAUGCAUUUAUGUUAAAAUAUGAAGUUUGAUAUUAUGUUUAAGAAAAAGAAAAACAUUGAAUGAUAUAUAGAGAAAUUUUUAGCUCGACUAUUCGAAGGAUAAGGAGAGCUAUACUACUCACCCAAGCGUCUGCGUCACCCCUUGGUUAAGGUUUUGCGUGCAAACACACAUAGGUUAAUAUCUCAGCAACUACUUGAGGUAUUGCAUUGAGACUUGAUACAAUGGUACUCAACCAUCCAACCUACUCAAUUAACCAAGUUAGAUAACUCUAGUUUGCAUUUAAUGCAAAAAAAAGGCCUUUAUUAUUUGACUAAGAAAUUCUGGUUAAGGUUUUGCGUGCAAGCACACAUAGGUUAAUAUCUCAGCAACUACUUGAAGUAUUGCAUUGAGACUUGAUACAAUGGUACUCAACCAUCCAACCUACUUAAUUAACCAAGUUAGAUAACUCUAGUUUGCAUUAAAUGCAAAUAAUAGGCCUUUAUUAUUUGACUUAGAAAUUCUGGUUAAGGUUUUGCGUGCAAGCACACAUAGGUUAAUAUCUCAGCAACUACUUGUGGUAUUGCAUUAAGACUUGAUACAUUGGUACUCAACCAUCCAACCUACUUAAUUUACCAAGUUAGAUAACUCUAGUUUGUAUUUAAUGCAAAUAAUUGCCCUUUAUUAUUCGACUCAGAAAUUCUGGUUACGGUUUUGCAUGUAAGCACACAUAGGUUAAUAUCUCAGCAACUACUGGAUGAAUUGCAUUGAGACUUUAUAAAAUGGUACUCAACCAUCCAAUCUACUUAAAUAACCGAGUAAGAUAACUCUAGUUUGCAUUAAAUUUAAAUGGCCCCUUUUUUAUUCAACAUAGAAAUUCUGGUUAAGGUUUUGCAUGUAACCACUUUUAAGUCAAUGCUUCAGCAAAUACAUCAUGUAUUGCAUUGAAACUUUACACACAGGCUCCCAACCAUUUAACCUUCUUAUUUAAUCAAGUAAGAUAACUCUAUCUUUCAUAUUAUAUAAUUUUUGCCCCUUUAUUAUGCAACUUAGAAAUUCUGGUUAAGGUCUUGCAUGUUAGCACACAAAGGAUAAUAUCUCAGCAACUUCUUGAUGUAUUGCAUUGAGACUUUAUACAAUGGUAUUCAACCACCCAACCUUAUUAAAUAAUCAAGUUAGAAAACUGUGUUUUGCAAAUAAUGGCCCUUUAUUAUUACACUUAAAAAAUCUGGUUAAAAUUUUGCAUGUAACCACAUUUAUGUUAAUAUCUCCGCACAUCAUGUAUUGCAUUGAAAUCUAAUCUAACAGUGAUCCAUGCAUGUUUCGCCAAAACUUUUCAAUCCUUACACUGAAAAGCGACGGAAUAGUCGAGCGCGAUGUCUUUGUGACAGCUCUUGUUCAAAUUAGAAUUCACCCAAAAAUUGGAAUUUUGAAUUGCAUUUUCCUAUUCAUAGUUUUAUGGUGCUUACCUGUAAAUAACGAACCAAACGACAUAAAGUAAGUUGGCUUAUACUUACAGUAUUACUUAAACACUGCUGAUUGUGUACCGGUAUUAAAAAAAUAAUGCUAUUUUCUAAGGGAAUCUUUAUUGACAUUUAAGGUUUAAUAUUUGACAAGGACUUGUAUAAUCUACUGCCUACAGCUGUGAUAAGAAACAAAGAUUUGAUUUAUUUUGUUGUUUUCCAUUCCAUGUUAGUGAUAUUAUAUUAUUGUUUUAGUGUAGUGUUUAUACAUGUACAUUGCCAUGUGGUUCAAGUGAAUAGUUUUGUAUAUAUUGCACAACUUUGUGUACUUAUUUAUUGAUAUAAAUGAAUAAAAUACAGUGGACCAAGUCA